AUGGAGGUAGAAUGUGGUGGACUGGAGUCUGUGGAGGUGGAGAAGGUGGAGGCCAAAGUCAGUGACCAGGAAGUCGGUCAUGCACCGCAGUGGGUUCCGAUUGGCCGUAGACUCAUCUCUGGGCUCUUGGGGCUGAACGUGGUGCUGCUCGGCGCUGCCCUGGUGGCUGAGGAGGCAUUUACCCCUCUGUGGCUCCAGCAGCAGGAGCCUGAGGUGUUCGUAAUGGUUCUGAUGGGGCUCAGUUUGGUGUGGAUGGUCUGGUAUCUGCUGUGGGGUCAAAAACAGCCUGGCCCCCCACCUCACACUGACCAUCAUGCAGGGAGUGCUACUAUCAAGGCGGUGUUGAUGCUAUUUGCAGUACUCAGUCUUUUGCUGUGUGUGUUUUCGAUGGGCUACUACCUGUUGCUGCGAGAGUGCCAGCCACUUUCUAAAGUCGUCUCACCCUUUAUGCAGGCUCCAUUCUUCAUCCUGCAGACCUAUCUACUAUGGGCUCACUCCAAAGACUGCAUUCACAAACACAAGGUUCUUACCAGGUGUGGGUUGAUGGUGACUCUGUGUGCAGAUGGACUGCUGUGGUUGUGUGCAGUAACAGCUGAUUCUAUCCACAUGGUGAUAGAGCUGGAGUGGCAGGGAGAAGACUGCAGCAACAUUACUCUCUCCCUGCCUGCACCAGGUGGGUGGAAUGGCCUUGGUUGCUGUUGCUAUGGUGAUACUUUGUGUGCAAGUUUCCAGAAAGGCUACGAGAUCCUGUACCCCUUUAACAUGGAGUUCACUUUACUGGCUGCCUGCAUGCUCUAUGUCAUGUGGAAAAACGUGGGGCGUCACACGAGCAGCGUCCAUACCGAACAUGUCCAGGAGACCCUGUUACGUUCGGUAUGGCGUGAGGGGGUUCAGUACAGCUCACUUGUGGGUCUGCUAGUGUUGCUGAGUGGGGUGACUAUGUUCGUGCUCUACCACAUGUGGAUAGACCAGAAGGCCAAGCGCCUCCAAGCUUUGAUGCUGUUCUACAGCUUCCACCUGGGCCUGCUCCCCAUCAUGGCUCUGAGUUCGCUGAUCGGCACACUGGUGCAGAAGCAGAAAGGGAAGGAACGGGAGCAUGGAGGGAGCAAAAACCCCACGCAGAGCCUGGAUGUGACACUACUACUGGGCACCGCCAUUGGCCAACUUGGACUGUCGUAUCUCACCCUCGUAGCCUCCCUGGCACUGGGGCCCAGUGGCAUUCUGGGAAGCCUGGACUUGUCGUACUCACUGCUCAGCCUGGUGGAGCUGGUGUUGCAGAAUGUUUUCAUCGUCAAGGCACUGCACCUCCACACACAGCUACAUAUAAAGCCCCACAGGCUCGUGCAUUCAGAUGGAUAUCUGCGCACACACUCCAGCCUAAAGGCAAAAGAAGACCAAGAGGAAAACUUGCAGGCUGAGAAGAAAGUGGAUGAGGCACAGAAGCACGAGUUAGAGGGCAAAAAUGACACAUCAAUGACCCCUACAGGCAGAGGAAAGUACAGUACCAAUCACUUGAAAAGAAGAGUGACUAAAGAGAUCUGCGCUUUUCUCAUCUUGUCCAAUAUCACGCUGUGGGUGAUCUCUGCGUUCGGUGCCCACCCCGAGCUCAAGAGCGGCAUGGGGAAGCAGUUCUUCGGGUACUCGGUGUGGUUUGUGCUGGUGAACCUGAGCCAGCCCCUCACUGUGUUCUACAGGAUGCACUCUGUAGGAGCAUUGAUGGAGCUGCUCAUCUCGGCGUGA